AUGCAUUUCAAAACUAACUAACUGAACUAAAUAAACUAAUCAAACUUAUUUACAACACAAUCAAACCUUACCCUUAAGAAAUCAACUCCUACCAAUAACUAUCAAUUAAGACUUACAAGAAACUCAGGGUAAUCAUCAGACUUCACACUUUAAAAUACACAGCGUCUCCAUAGAACAUUAUCAAAAAAGGGUACGAUAACUAUCUAAACUAUUCCAGAAGCUGGUACUUAAAAUAGAAAUAGUUUAAUUAUUGUUUCACCAAUGAAGACUUUAUUAAAAACUCCAACUUUGACAAGAAAAUAGUCAGGUUAACAAAUUAUACAAUCUAGAAAUAUUAACAAUCUUUAAACAAAUCCUUCAUUAUAAGAAAUACCUGACUCUGUUAGACAAUGUGAUAUCAAAUUUUUAGGAGAAAUCAAAUAACAAAAUUAGAAUAACAAAUCGAAUUCUCAAAAUUCAUACAUAAUUUAUAGAGUUUUAAUUAGAAUUAUAAUUUCACAAGCUUUAAUUGGAUGUUUAUUUUAAUUAAAUUUGCAUUUCUCAAUCUCUGGACUCAUCGAUAUAAUUAUUCUCUAAAUAUUUAGAUUCUUUUAAUCAAAUAGAAAAUGGAUAUAAAUAAUAUAAUUAAUACUAUCUCUAAGUUUAAACAUCUCCAUUCUUUUAUUAUUUGAAAUUGAUUUCAUCUGGACAAUAACAUUUAUUGUUCUUAUAGUUAUUGAUACAAUAUUAGAGAUUAUUAUACUUAAAAUUUAAAGAAUCCAUAAUUAAGAUACAUUACCAACCUAAAUAUGA